ACCCGCGGUACCGGCGCCGCGGUCGUCGUUGUGCGUCGUUACGAACCACCCUCUUCGAAUAUUCCCCAUCAUGAUGCUCCCCGGCCUCGGCUAAGAGCGAGAGAGAGAGACAAAGAGAGAGCGAUUCGAGCGAACGAGAGAAGAGCUCUUCUUUUUCGUCCCUUUUCUCUCCCGCUACCGCGAUAAACCAAGCAGCGUCGUCGUCGUCGUUGUCGUAGACGUUAGCAACGACGUUGCUUCUUCUGGACGAUCAACGUAUGUUGAGACAAAAAAAAAAGAACGACAAUAUUGCGAACGGCAGUUCUGUUAGUCCUGCCUGCAGUUGUUGCGUGGACGUGGGGGUGGCAGUCCUGUGGGAUUGCUCUCCGCUGAAUCCCUCUUCUGCGCGGCAUGUGAUUGUGCCCUAUAUGUGUUAUUUAACUAUAAAUAGUGAACGCGACUCUUAUGGUGAUGUUGUCUUUUGCAUUGCUAAAUAGUGGGAUUGUCGACGGAGACGGAACGCGAUCGCUUUUCGGUAUUCGAUAGCGGAUAUGCGACUAUCUGAUUGAAAUGAAAACAUUUGGAGUCCUGCCGUGUCCUGACGAAGCAGAGUCAGGAACGAAUCGACUCGAGUGUAUCGAAGGAUUACAUGCACGAGUAGAUAUCUCAAUUUUGUUCUUGAUUACUCGAACAUCGCCAAAAUUGAAGGCGCAGUUUUCUUUUGUCACUUCUGUUUCCUGUGCGUCUGGAGUAAACCAGUCAAAGAACAGCGAGAUAUCAAUCGCGAGCCACUCGGAUAGUUCAGCUUCUGUGACCAAGAUGAACUUACAUAAGAUCCUGCCGUGGAUAUGGUGCUUCCUAAUUACAAGCGAAUGUUACAAUGCAAAGAAUAAAGGCGAGGAUGGCUCAAAGUUGAUACGUAUUGAUGGUGACAUUAUCCUCGGCGGGAUCUUUCCGAUGCACGAACAGGUCGCAGGUUCCAUCGGCCAAUCACCAUGUGGGGCAGUAAAAGAAGAGAAAGGUAUACAACGAUUGGAAGCCAUGUUAUACGUCCUGGACCAAAUUAACAAUGAUACAGAUCUUCUACCGAAUACAACGUUGGGUGCUCUUAUCCUCGAUUCUUGCAGCAGCGACACUUAUGCUUUGGAUCAAAGUAUGGAGUUUGUCAGAUCAUACAUGAAUCAAGACAUAUCGGAGUAUAAAUGCGAAAAUGGCAAAACGCCCACUUACGUUCCCCACAAGCCGGUAACCGGUGUGAUAGGCGCCGCAUUCAGCGUGGUCUCCAUUAUGGUCGCCAACAUCUUGCGGCUUUUCAAGAUACCGCAAAUAAGUUACGCCUCUACCAGCACAGAACUCUCGGACAAAAGCCGAUUUGAGUACUUCAGUAGGGUGGUACCGCCAGAUAAUUUUCAGGCACAGGCGAUCGUUGAGGUGAUCCAUCUGCUUGGAUGGAAAUAUGUUUCCACGGUUGCUGUGGAAGGCGAGUACGGCGAGAAGGGCAUCGCCAGUUUCAUUGCCCUUUCGUUGGAGUACAACAUCUGUGUCGCAGUCAGCGAGAAGAUCCUGAGAAACUCCAAGACCGAGGACUUUGAUAGAAUAAUCGAACGACUGAGUUCAAAGCACAACGCCAGGGGAGUCAUAAUAUUCGUCGACGAGGAUAACAUAAGGAAGCUGCUUCAGGCAACAAUAAGGGCCAAUCGCACGGGUCAUUUCAUGUGGGUGGGUAGCGAUUCGUGGGGCGCCAAAGUUUACCCCGUCCGGGAUCAAGAGUUCGCGGCGGAAGGUGCCAUCACCAUUCUGCCCUAUAGGAACGUCCUCAAAGAUUUCGAUAGCUAUUAUUUGAAAUUGCGACCAAGAAUGGGCGACGAAUGCGGCGGCCAGACGGAGAGCAAUGUUCCCCAUAAGUCUUUGACGGACGUGAUCGUAAACUGCCGGAAUAUCUGGUUUCGAGAGUUCUGGUCACAGCAUCACAAGUGCACUUUCAGUGUAAACGCGUCGAGUGACAUGACACGCUGCACUGGCGAAGAAAACCUUUUCGAUUACGAACAGGAGGGCUUGGUGCCUUUUGUCGUGGAUGCAGUUUACGCCAUGGCACACGGUGUUCAUAAUGUUAUCGAGGAAGAAUGCGUAAAUAAUUUGGGUACGUCGCAUUAUCUCUGCGAAUCGCUUGUACCAGCACCGGACGGUCCACGACUCCUUCAACACAUUCGCAAUGUCAGCUUCACCGGUCGCCAAAACACGGAAAUUAAGUUUAACUCCGACGGGGAUGCCUACGGAUUUUACAACAUCUAUCAAUAUCAAAGGAAGGACGAGGGUCGUUUCGAUUACACCCUUAUUGGCACGUGGAAGGAAGAGCUCUCUCUGGACAUCAAUAUGACACGAUGGGCGACCGGAGUCGGCGAGCUUCACAUUCCACGUAGCAUGUGCAGCGAUAACUGCCCGAUGGGACACGUCCGCAAUUUUGUAGAACCCUGUUGUUGGAGUUGCGUCGCCUGCCGAGAGGAUGCCUACGUUUACAACGACACGUGCAAAAAGUGCAAUCCCGGAUAUGCACCAAAUUCCACGAUGACGGGCUGCAUUAAGCUCACUGCUGAAGUCAUACCCUGGACGAGUCCUUGGGCGUUAGUACCGUUGAUAUUUGCGUCCAUCGGGAUCCUCAGCACUCUUUUCACCACCGUCGUCUUUAUACGAUUCAAUCGCACUCCGGUGAUCAUGGCAUCGGGACGUGAGCUAUGUUACGUUCUGUUGGUGGGAAUUCUCUCCUGUUACGGCAUGAGCUUCGUCAUACUGAGCAAGCCGACCACAUGGAAUUGCACAUACCUCAGGAUCGGCCUUGGUCUCUGUCUUAGUAUAUGCUACAGUGCGAUCCUCACAAAAACCAAUCGUAUAUCGCGAAUAUUCAACCAAGGCACGAAGAAGAUCAAGAGGCUCUCCUACACAUCGCCCAAGAGCCAAGUGGUAAUCGCUAUCGGGAUCACCGCAGUGCAACUCAUCGGCACUAUCGUGUGGCUGAUGAUCGAGCCGCCAGAUACCACGGAGAUCCAUCCGUAUCCGCUGUCCGCGGUGCUUACGUGCCGCGUGUCCACAUUCUCGCUGAUGAUGUCCCUCGUUUACAACAUGUUCCUGAUUUUAAUGUGCACCCUCUACGCGUUCAAGACCCGCAAGAUCCCGGAGGACUUCAACGAGGCAAAGUACAUCGGCUUCACCAUGUAUUCUACGUGCAUCGUUUGGCUGGCCUUUGUGCCCAUCUACUUCGGCACCAACAACGACUACAAGGUCUGUGCCACAGAUCAAUUGAUUGCGAAUAUUAUACCGAAUUGGAGACUGGAUGCACCGGUGCGCACGAAGGCGCAUAAAGGUCGGAUUGAAAUUGAUGUAAAGGCGUAUGCUAACACUAACACUAACGCUAACGAUUCGAUCAAUUUGAUGUUCAGCACGGGCGGCUUGCAGAGUGGCAAUCGCGCGGCAUACAGCAUGCGCUUCGCCGGCGGCCGUAGCCAGACGAUGCAGAGCGUGACCUCGGGCUCGCGCAGCAGCCCCCCGAUGUCCCGUGGGGGUGCGGGCGCGGGCGCGGGCGCGGGUACGGGACGUGCGGACGAGCGGAAGCACGCGAACGGUGGCGGCUGCAGCUGCGGCGGCGGCGGUGGUAAUGAUAAUGGUGACGGCGACGACGAUGAUGAGGACGAGCGCAAGCUGUCGACCGUUCAGGAACUGCCAGAGCUUACCGCCAGCCCGCCGAUGAGCCUGGUGACCCGUCAAGCGCGCGAGAGGAGUCAGGACAAGCUGCGCCACGACUCCGAUCAGCCGAGCUAUCGCAACGAAGCCGCAAUCAGCAGCAUCUCUGAGAAAGUAGAAGCGCGCGCGAGGAAAGAGAGAUCGUGCUCGAACGAGGAGCAAAUUCUAAGUUACAGCGACUCGCCGACCUUCUCCGAGUUCUCCUCGUAG